GCAGCAUCCUCGAGACCAUCACAAUGUCCAUCAUGGAGUACAACGGGUCGGCCAUUAUUGCAAUGGCCGGAAAGAACUGUGUAGCUAUUGCUGCCGACCGUCGGUUUGGUGUACAGGCUCUGACCCUGGGCACAGACUUUCAAAAAAUAUUCCCUAUUACCGACAAGACUUACCUUGGACUUGCUGGAUUAGCAACAGAUGUCACUACCCUCAAGGACCGCUUUAGAUACAAAGUAAACAUGUACCAUCUUGAAGAAGAGCGAGAGAUCAGCCCAAAAACAUUUUCUCACAUGGUGUCCUCUACUCAGUAUGAGAAAAGGUUCGGACCAUAUUUUGUUGAGCCCAUUGUUGCUGGACUAGAAAAAGACAACACUCCUUUUAUCUGCUCAAUGGAUACAAUCGGAUGCAUCAACUUUGCCAAAGAUUUUGUAGUGUGCGGUACUGCUUCGGACCAGAUGAACGGCAUGUGCGAGAGUCUAUGGGAGCCUGAUCUUGAACCCGAAGAGCUUUUUGAAGUUAUUUCUCAAGCUCUUCUUAACGCUAUUGAUCGUGAUGCUAUUUCUGGAUGGGGUGGUAUUGUUCAUAUUAUUACCCCGACGUCUGUUAUUACAAGAACACUCAAGGGUCGUAUGGACUAAGAUAUACUGGUCUACUAUCUGUGAGCAUUUGUGCUGUGUUUGUGCGCUCACAUUUUUUGAUCUGAGAGUCUGUCUAAUUGCACAAUUAAAUGACUUUCUAUUAUAAAACG